AUGCUGCAAUCAGGUGUAUUGAACUAUAUAGUUCUGAUUGUAAGUCUUCUGAAGUGGGCAUGGGAUUAUCUUCUUUACCAGUCCUUCUUUCAGCCUCAUGGGAUCUUAUUGACCGAAUAUGUCGAUGAUCUUAGCAUAACGCGCUAUCAAAGCAAUAACGAAAAUGAGAGUACAGUAGAAUGUGCUGUGUGUUUAUGUAGGAUCGACGAAGGAGAUGAAAUUAGGGAGCUGAGUUGCAAUCAUCUUUUCCACAGAGUUUGUUUGGAUAGGUGGCUAGGAUGUGGGCACAUGACUUGCCCUCUAUGCCGGAAUAAUGUAAAGCAGCCUCGACUGGCCGUGGAUAGCCACCAUGAGGUGAUAUUGAUCAACUUUGAUGCUGCCAGAUCAAGGGAUCACUGCACAUGGUGGCUGCGUUGA